AUGGAUUGCAUGCGAAAGCAUUUUGCAGAAGGCGCCGUGCUCGAUGGACGUUUCGAAACCGUAUCCCCUCUCAAUCAUGGCUCGUUUGGCAUGGUCUUCAUGGCCAGGGAUCUCGUCACGGGCGAACCUGUAGCCGUCAAGUGCCUCACGAAAUCCUCAGCUGCGAACAACUGCCCUUCGGUGUUUGCAGUCGACGAGCACUCGGAAGAACUCAAGAUCCACGUCCGCAUCGGGUCUCAUCCGAACAUUGUCAAUUUGAUCCACUCGUUCGAGACUCACAGCCACAUCUACCUUGUCUUGGAGUUCUGCCCCAAUGGCGACCUGUACGAGGCUAUUCGCGUUGGUCGAGGUCCACUGGAGACAUCACACGUUCGGGAGUUCAUGUUUCAGCUGGUCGAUGCUGUCGACUGCCUGCACAGCAAAGGCGUCUAUCACCGCGACAUCAAGCCCGAGAACAUCUUUUUGGCUCAGGAUGGCGAGAUGAAGCUUGGCGAUUUCGGUCUCGCUACCACGGACGUCUGGUCCUACGAAUCUGCUGUCGGCAGUGACCGUUACAUGGCUCCCGAACAGUUUGAUCCUGCUGAUAAUGGCUACUCACCAGCAAAGGCGGACAUCUGGGCUAUCGGGAUUUGCUUGUUGAAUGUCUUGUUUUCCCGCAACCCCUUCGCCGUUCCUGCUCUCUCGGAUCCGCUUUAUGCCGAUUUCUUCAACGACAAGCAGUCACUCUUCGACGUCUUUCCUAACAUGUCUCAGGACACCUUUGGAGUUCUGACCCACUGCUUGGCUACUGAUCCUGCCAAGCGAGACCUCGAUCUUGUUAGGGAUGCUUUGGAGCGCGUCAUCAGCUUCACAACCGAUGACGAAUCUCUCGAUGACUUCUGCACCGAGGAUCGUGAUGUGGUCCCCGCAACUGCAAACCGCGAGCCGCUUCGCACUCCGUCAGUCUCAUCUCCUUUGGUCGACAACGGUUCAUUCCCAUGGGCCAAGGCUUUGGCAAUGACUCCGCCGCAACCCAUCCGCCAGCUGUCCGCAAUUCCGGAUACAGAGUCGUAUUCCGAAGACUUGUUCCCAGGCUCUGAGCAAUCCAGACGUGAUUGGUUCUCCGUUAAGCCUGACACCGCGUCGAUUGCUUCCUUCGUUGACUCUGGUCUAGGCUUGUCUCUCAAGUCUAUCAACAUGCUGCAGCCGGAGACAGUCACUGCCAAUCGGUCAAGGGCUAUGCCAAUCUCCGGAUCUCUGCCAGUCUCUUCAGCGAGGCCCAUCCCAAGCAUGGCCUCAGUCCUCGGCAAGAAAAGAGACUUCGUAUCCAAGAGCUGGAGCGACCUGUGGGACGAGGAAGAGGAGCUACAAGCCCAGUCGGAACUAGAGAACUCGGUUGUCGAGGGCAGCUUUCUGGAGAAAGUCUUCAGCAAGAGGAGCAAGGGCGGAUUAUCUGGGCGAUCUACGCCUCGUGCCGGUCUCUCGGAGAUGAAGAACCCUGCUACAAUCAACAACAGCAGGGACCGGAGCCCGAUGCCCCCGCACAAGGUCGACGAGCGCGUCAGCGAGCACACUGGCUUCAUCUUCGAGGACCACCACACGGCGCCGCAGCGCUACUCGCCGCCGUCGAAGCGCUCGGUCAUCGACAAGUGGGCCGCUCUUGGGGACCGCAGGCGCGGCCAAGCGACGCCGCAGAAGGCUGCUCUCUCCCCAGCGCCAGUCAGCGCGUGGAAGCGGAGCCGGGCGGCUAGCUGGAGGCGCAACAUGGGACUCGUGAACCAGAGUCCACAGCAUCAUUCUACUUUUCAUCACGAGAACAAAAGCGGCGUUUGGGAACGGAAAUCAGACUGGAGUUCGAGCAAGGACUGGCGCCAGCAUCCGAACACGAGCUCGGAUUCGGUGGGCGACAUUGAGUGGGUUGGGGGUUGGAACGACCCCCACUUGUAG